AUGGCUCCUCCAAAGCCAUCCAAUACCUCGGAUGAGGAAGACAAGCGUCUGUCUCGCUAUGAGCCCCGAUAUGUUCCUUCUGGCUCAAUGGGUAGCUCUUCUUCGUCCUCGUCCUCUGAACGGGCAAUGCCUCUGAGCGAACGCCAAGUUAGGGAGCUACGUGACUACAGGGCCCAUUUAGCGGAAGAAGCCAGGCGCAAGGAAGAAGCAGAAUUGACUGCUUGGAUGCGCCGAACCCGUAUUGACCCCGAGACCGGCGAGAGAACGCCUCUGCAUGGUCCUGGCUCCGACGGUGAUUCUUCACCCGUCCGCCGCGCUCCAACCCCCCCCGAAGUUCCAGAACACUGGACAGACGGGGAAAAGGCCAAUCAUGAACGUCUCAUCCAAGAAGGCAUUAGAGUGGCCACCUCGGAACAACACAGGAUGGACAACGAUAAGGUUGUGAAAAGUGGGGAUUACAUGACGAUCCACUGGGAUGAAUGCAUGAACAUCGACAUUCCAUGGCAUCGAUUCAGAGAAAAGACGGGCAAAGAGAUCAAAGGCGAGACUCGAGUCCAGCACCGUAAGGGCUACAACACCGCCGGCAGGGAGAUCGAGGUCAUGAUGAAUGCGUACCCGAUCACUACUUUUCCAAGAAGGGCAGUUUACCAGUACGAGGUAAAUGUUGUUCAAGGAGAAACAAUCGAAACGGAUAGACGGAUCCUCAGGAAGGCCUGGAACAGUCAGGUCCGAAAGACAAAAUUACCUAAUGCAAUCUGGGAUGGUGGACAGAUCUGCUGGUCGACAGAAAUGUUUUCUGACUGGCAUGAGGUCCUCGACAUCAAGCGUAAUUCUACCCGAGACCUCCACUCAGGUCACGGUCGUAAACCCAAGGAUGUGGAGAAGCACGGGCGGUGGCCUGGCUUCAGAAUGUCGCUCGUUCUAAGGAAAAAGGUCGACCUGCGCGUGAUUGCCUCUUGGCUGCGAGGCCGCCAUGAUCUCGAUGAGUCGGUGAUCGAAUCGCUCAGCUUUCUUGAUCACUUGCUUCGUGAAACGCCCACCAAGAAGCAUGCUGCGAUCAAGCGAGCAUUCUUCUUUGACAAGCUGGACGACAUGAUGCUGAAACAGGAGUUUUUCCAGCCACUUUCUAACAGAGGUGCUUCUGUUUACCGAGGCAUUUAUCAAGCUAUCAGGCCAACUCCUGGAGGACUGAUUCUCAACGUUGAUGUCGCCCACUGCGUCUUCUUUUCUCGCAUCACUCUCAUGGGCAUCAUGAUGCACUUUGGUAACUGGAAUGACAAGGAGGCUAUGGUCCGGGCUCUUCAGAGCACACGCGACAAGUGGGGAGGCUUGAAGGAAUCGCCACACUUCGCCAAGGCAAGCAAGAGGAUCCAGGGUCUUCGAGUGACGCCCAACUACGAAGGUUGCCCUUACGAUUACAAAUCCUUUAUCGUCAAGGGCUUGAUGCAUUGCAGACCCAGGGACAAGACCAUCAAUUAUACGGACAAGGUCACCGGAAUCACGAAGAACAUGAACAUUGAGGAAUACUUUAUGAAACGUUACAACGUCCGCCUGGAGUACCCCAACAUGCUUAUGGUCGAGAUGGAAAAGGAGAAUUGUUAUUACCCUGCCGAGUUCCUGGUCAUCAAAGGCCUCCAAAGAUACCGCUGGAAGCUCGACGACAUGCAAACGGCGCAGAUGAUUCAGUGGUGCGCUACCAAGCCACAAAAGCGACUGGCCAAUAUAUGCCAGUCAAAGGAACUUCUCCAGCACAAGAACGACGAUAUGUUGAAACACUACGGCAUGGAAAUCAGUGAGAAAAUGAUCAAGACCAAGGCCCGCCUGCUGCCGAGCCCUGAAAUUCAGUUUGGGGGCAACGCCAAACACAACCCAAGGCACACCGGUAAGUGGGAUCUUCGUGGUAAGAAGUUCUACAAGCCGAAUGAAAAGGCCCUCGAGGCUUGGGGUGUCGGAUACUUUGCCGGUCACCGCAAAGGUAUCACCCAUGACCAGGUCCUCCUGUGGGUUGAACAUUUCAUCAAGAUUUACAGGCAGAUGGGUGGGGAGGUGGACGAAUAUCCCCUGGUCAAGGCAAUGAGCGAAGAUGUUGGCAAGUGUGUCAAAAAUCUCUAUGAGGGGAUCUCACUGAAGUUCCAGCGGGAGCCACAGCUCAUGGUUUGGAUCGUGCCCAACAAGGACUCCUGGGUCUAUCUCCGCCUCAAGAGAUCUUCGGACUGCCGGUUCGGUUGCCCUUCGCAGGUGCUCCAGUCUCAACACUGCAUUGACAACAGGCCCCAAUACCACGCAAAUGUUCUGAUGAAGGUGAAUGCAAAGCUUGGUGGAGUCACUGCUCGCGCUAUCCCCAAGUCAAAGGGCUCCGCUCUGCCUCCCAAGUCCAUGGUCAUCGGAGCAGAUGUCACUCAUCCGACGCUGGGUGUGUGGACGCCAUCCUUGGCAGCCAUGUCAGUCUCGGCCAACGUGAGUGCAACUCGCUACAUGGGUGGAUGCGAGGUCAACGACUUUCGUGUCGAAGUUAUCUACCCCAAGGUAGUGGAAGACAUUCUUAAACCGAUGAUUGCUGAAUGGAAGGCCACCGUUGGCGAGGGGAAGCCUCCGGAAUGUGUUUAUUACUUCCGCGAUGGCGUGUCGGCGUCUGAAUACCGGAAAGUCCUUAGGGAGGAGGUCCCUUCGAUCAAAAACGCUAUUGCACAUGCAUGUGGGCUGCAGGCCUGGAAGGGCAAGAUGUGUGUGAUUGUCGCCAACAAGCGCCAUCAUCUUCGGGCAUUCCCUAACCCCAAUGUUCGUGCAAAUUGUGACCCCCACGGCGGUCCACUGCCGGGCACCCUCGUUGAUCGGGAUGUGACUAGCCCACACGACUGGGAGUUCUUGCUUUACACGCACAUUGCUCUGCAGGGAACUGCGCGCCCGGUUUAUUACCAUGUUCUGCUGGAUGAGAUGGACCUCAAGCCCAAUGACCUUGAGGGCAUGAUCAACGACCACUGCUACCAGUACAUUCGUUCGACCACCUCUGUCUCAGUCCAUCCUGCUAUCUACUAUGCGCACUUGAUCUCCGUUCGUGCUCGUCACCAUGAGGAUAUCCCUAUUACCGCUGGUCCUCAGAGUGGCGUAGAGGUGCCAACGACAAAUCCCAAGCCCAAGGAGCCCCGGGCCGAGAGACUGCUUCCCAUUACAGGCACCUCGAACCGACUGGCUCUUGGCAUGUGGUACAUUUAA